AUGAAAUUCUUUGCUGCUGCUACCACUGCUUUAUUAUUAUCUGCUCAAGCUUUAGCUGAAUUAACUUCUUAUAAAUUGUAUGCCAAAUCUGACAGUGCUGAAGUUGAUGGUAAAGGUGUCUCAAUUUUACACGAAGGUGCUGGUAUCAACUAUGUCUUCUUAGGUACCGACAGCAUUGAUGUUACCUAUGAUGAUGCCCAAAAACUUUUAUAUGUGCCAGUUAAUUCUAAUGUUCAAUUCAAUUUGGGUACUAAUGCUGAUAUUAUUCAAUUUUCAGUAACCACCCCAGUUUCUGUUGAAAUUGCUGAAGAUGGAUCGGUUAAUUUUGAAGGAUCUGACGAUCUUUUUGCUGCUCAAUACAUUAAUGAUCCAUAUAAUUACUCUAAAGAUUCCUACGCAGUUAUCCUCAGAGGUAAACCACAUGCUAUUCCAAUCAAACUUGUUGCUAAAAAGAAUUAG